CAGAGCUCGUUUGGGACAGCUGGCUGCUGUUUCUUCGCUCCACACGACAAUAAAGCGGGACGUUUUUUGUCACUCGGUGAAUCGCGCAGUCACGCGUUCCACCCAAACCAGGGCGGACUGCAGUCCACUAGCCUCUGAUCAAACCAGUCCCAUGAUCGGCUCUGGUCCAGCGGAAACAGAGGUCCGUGUUAGGGGGAUUUUUGCCUGUCUUUUGCUUUUCCUUCCACUUUCCAGUUUGAGCGACAGCAGAUUGCAACCACCUCGAGAAAAGCAAAGCCCAACAACAUCAACCAUGCCGGUCACCAGCAACGCAGAUUUUGCCCUUGGAUUGUUCCACACUCUGAGCCAAGCAAAUCCGGCCAGGAACAUCUUUGUCUCUCCACUGAGCAUCAGCUCGGCGAUGGCAAUGGUCUAUUUAGGUGCUAAAGGAGACACUGCAACUCAGAUGGCAAAGGCCCUCUCAUUCACUAGUGGUGAAGGCGUCCAUGCAGAUUUCCAAAACCUAAACUCUGACAUAAACUCCCCGUCUGCAUCGUACAUCCUGAAGGUGGCCAACCGGCUUUAUGGAGAGACCACGUCUAAUUUUCUCCCUAAAUUCUUAGAGGAGACACGAAAGUUCUACCAGGCAGACCUGAAGACUGUUGAUUUCAUUGGAAAACCAGAGGACGGCAGAGCUGAGAUCAACGCCUGGGUGGAGGAGCAGACAGAAAACAAGAUAAAAGACCUUCUGAAGCCAGGAACUGUCAACAGUAUGACAAGACUGGCUCUGGUGAAUGCCAUCUACUUUAAAGGAAGCUGGAAGAGUCGUUUUGAUGCGGCCAACACCAAGGAGAUGCCCUUUAAAGUCAGCGUGAAUGAGACCAAAACAGUCCAGAUGAUGUACCAGAUGAAGAAGCUGCCCUUCAACUAUAUCCCUGACUUGGGACUGCAGAUCCUGGAGCUUCCAUAUGUGAAACAGGAGCUCAGCAUGUUCAUCCUGCUGCCAGAGUUAUCUACAGAUGGCUCAGAUUCUUUGCUGAAGCUGGAAAAAGAGCUGACGCCGGAGAGGCUGGAUGAAUGGACCGACAGGACAAACAUGGACAUCCAAUCAGAAAUUAUUGUCCACCUGCCAAAGUUCAAGCUGGAAGAGGAUUACGAACUCAAGGAACAUCUGUCCAAGAUGGGCAUGAGUGACGUGUUCUGCGCUGGCAAAGCUGACCUGACAGGCAUGAAUGAAGAUGGGGGCCUCUUCUUGUCUACGGUGGCCCAUAAGGCCUUUGUGGAUGUUAAUGAAGAGGGCACAGAAGCUGCUGCAGCCACAGCCGGCAUGGUAUCUUUCUGCAUGUUGAGGGAGGAGCACUUCCAAGCAGAUCACCCCUUCCUCUUCUUCAUCAGACACAACAAGACCAAGUCCAUCCUCUUCUUUGGCAGAUUCUCUUCUCCUUAAGAGAACUGAUAUAAUUAAUUUGUUGCUAAAAUAAAAGUUGCCAUUGACUUUAUGAAAUAAUCAUUUGCUUUUUGUUAACUUUAAGAAGUAAUUGCAAUAAAAACUAAUUCUUUAAAGAAA